AUGACAACUGCACUGUGGAUCUUUCUGUUGUUGAUUUUGAUAAGACGGCCUGGUCUGGUGUCUUCUCAAAAUACCACUGGACCAACAGCAACUGUUCAUAUUCUACCUGAAUACACAACAGAGCCACGUGAAGGAGACAGUGUUACGCUAGAUUGUGAGAUAUCAUCACUCCAGAGACCAGAUGAAGUGAGAUGGACAAGAAAGACAAACGGGUCUGAAACCAUCAUUGUGAAAGGGAAUGCUACUUUCACAAAUGCUGGCAAACGAAUCAGUGUAAGUCCAUUGAAAGUCGUUUCAACAGGUUUAUACGUGUGUUCACAUAAGAUAACCAUCUCUCCUCUCCGGCGACCUGAUGAUCAGGGAUUUUACACGUGUGAGGUGAACGUUAGCAGUAAUACCAUAACAUCUUCAGAAAUGUAUUUGCAUGUCCAUAGUCGCAAUGAGUUUCCAGUUUGUUUACCAGGUGGUCCAGCUACAGUGGCUAUUGGCAGUAGUCUCUCGUGCAAUACGUUAUCAGACACAAGAAUGUCUUCAGUGUCUGAAAUGGGAAUGACUACUGAGGCCAAUGGAUGGAUUAUUAGUCCCACAAAUGCCGAAGGUAGUCCAGGACAAGAACUCACAAGGACGGUAGCUAACUCAGAUCAUGGCAAAACUUUUCAUUGUUUUUCAAUAUCUAAUGCUUCAGCCAUGGCACUGGCAUGCACUAUUGGACCCUUAACAGUUUAUACCAAAAAUACCGGCCUCUCCGGUGCCGACAUUGCCGGUAUAGUAAUCGGCGCCAUCCUCCUCCUCGUCAUCAUAGCUGUCCACACCCUCUGUUGCCGAUGCAAUCCCAAACGAUGGCUGUACGCCAAGUCAUACACUUUCAACGUGGGAAGUUCCUUCGCAUCAACGCUAGAGCGGGACAACGCCAUUCUAACGCAGCCCGACGCAGAGCUUAGAAACGUUGAACUUGAGAAUGACAACUUCGGCGUUCUAGCUUCCGCAGUGGACGGGAUCGAUGACGCAAUUUGUGGGUCCGAUACUGAAGACGCCGGCCAAGGCUGCGACCAUGAGCCAGAAGUGACUGCUUUCUCGACAUCGGAGCAGCCCUAUCCGAUGUCGACCGAUCCCAAACCUACACCUCCAACAAUGUAUGCCACGGUGCAUCAAGCAACCCCAGUAACCGAUACUAAAAAACAGAUUGAACCAAACUUAACAGCAGUAUAUGCCACGGUAAAUAAAACGACCCAAGUAAUUGACUCUAAAGAACCAAUUGAACCCAAACCACCAGCAAUUUAUGCACAUGUAAAUAAAACGAGUCCAGUAACCGGUACGAAAGAACCGGCCAAACCUAAUUUCUCAGCUGUAUAUGCCAAUGUAAAUGAAACGACUCCAGUAACCAACUCUAAAGAACCGACUGAACUUAAACCACCAGCAAUUUAUGCCCCGGUGAAUAAACCGACCCCAGAAACCGAGUCUAAAGAACUGACUGGACUUAAGUCACCAGGAAUUUAUGCCCAAGUGAAUAAACCGACCCCAAUAACCGACACCUCGGAACCGAUUACCCACCAACCCAACCCGUCAGUGAAUAAUACUGAGAUCGAUAAAAAUGCUUCUCAAGACGACAAAGAACUUCUCAAAGAAAACGGCAAAGAUUCUUCCAAUCUCAAGAACAUUAAGAGGUUUGGUCAGAAUCGUAAUGGUAAAGUAUCCAGACCUCCUCACCAAGAACCUGUCUUAAUCUACGCCGAUUUGGACCUUAAGGAACCUGUGAAUGAUGAGGUUCACCCGCCCUCUGACGACUCACAAACUGUUUACGCACAAAUCAAAUAUUAGUCAAAUUUCAUAGAGCUGCUAAGCACAACAAUUUGCUUAGCAUGACAUUUUUGCCUUUAAAAAAAACAGCACUACCAACCAAAUGUUCGCGUUAAUCUUUCAGGAUACGCAAACAACAACGGAAUACCAGUAACAAGCAAUAUGCAACAAAUGGAAAUUUGUUUGGUAAUCCUGGA